AAGGAAUUUAUUGUCUUUUUUUUUUUUUUUUUUUAGAAAUGGAGGAACAGAGUGCUGGAUCUGAGGCUGACGGUUUAUAAAGGAUUAUGGGAUUAUACACUAAAGAGACAGCAGGUGGAAUGCCUGAAUGACUGAAGAAAAUGGGUGCUAAUGCAUCUAACUACCCUCAUUCGUGUUCCCCAAGGGUAGGGGGAAACUCACAGGCACAGCAGACAUUCAUAGGAACGUCAUCCUACUCUCAUCAAGGCUAUGGUUGUGAAUCAAAACUCUAUAGCCUUGACCAUGGCCAAGAGAAACCUCAAGACAAGAAAAAGAAAACCUCCGGUCUUGCCACCCUCAAAAAGAAAUUUAUUAAGCGAAGGAAAUCUAGCCGAUCUGCAGAUCAUGCCAAACAGAUGCGAGAGCUCCUCUCGGGCUGGGAUGUCAGAGAUGUCAAUGCAUUAGUAGAAGAAUAUGAGGGAACCUCAGCCUUAAAGGAACUUUAUCUACAAGCCAAUUUGGCAAGACCAGAAACCAGGACGCUACAGAAAGACAUGGCUGAUCUGUAUCAGUACAAGUACUGUACUGAUGUGGACUUAAUAUUUCAAGAAACUUGCUUCCCUGUGCAUCGUGCGAUAUUAGCAGCAAGGUGUCCAUUUUUUAAGACGCUGCUUUCUUCCUCACCAGAGUAUGGUGCAGAGAUAAUAAUGGACAUUAACACAGCUGGCAUAGACAUGCCUAUGUUUUCUGCAUUGUUACACUACCUUUAUACAGGAGAGUUUGGGAUGGAGGAUUCAAGAUUCCAAAAUGUUGAUAUCCUUGUGCAGCUUAGUGAAGAAUUUGGAACACCAAAUUCCUUGGAUGUUGAUAUGCGUGGGCUGUUUGAUUACAUGUGUUAUUAUGAUGUGGUUCUUAGCUUCUCGUCCAACUCUGAAUUGGUUGAAACUUUUGGUGGAAGUCCAAACUGCAUAGAUGAAGAGCUCAGAGCUCACAAAGCUAUUAUUUCAUCACGGUCCCCAUUUUUCCGACACCUACUGCAGAGGAGGAUACGAACUGGUGAAGAAAUUACUGAUCGAACUCUACGGACUCCAACUAGAAUUAUACUGGAUGAAUCUAUCAUACCAAAAAAAUAUGCUAAGGUCAUUUUAAACUGUGUGUAUACAGAUGUGGUGGACCUUUCGGUUUUGCACUCCAGUCCCUCAGUGGGGAGUCUAAGUGAAGUUCAGGCUCUUGUAGCAGGAAAACUAAACAUGACUAGGGCUGAAGAAGCUAUGGAGCUUUACCACAUAGCACUGUUCUUGGAGUUUAACAUGCUUGCUCAAGGCUGUGAGGAUAUUAUUGCUGAAAGCAUCUCACUAGACACCUUAAUUGCCAUUCUCAAGUGGAGUUCACAGCCAUAUGGUUCCAAGUGGGUGCACCGUCAAGCACUGCAUUUCCUCUGUGAGGAGUUCACCCAGGUUAUGACUUCAGAUGUUUUCUACGAGCUGAGCAAGGACCAUCUGCUGACUGCUAUCCAAUCUGACUACUUACAGGCAAGUGAACAAGAUAUCCUUAAAUACCUUAUUAAAUGGGGAGAACAUCAGUUGAUGAAGAGAAUAGCAGACAGAGAGCCCAAUUUACUGAGUGGUACUGCCCACAGCGUGAACAAACGGGGUGUAAAGAGGAGAGAUCUUGACAUUGAGGAGCUGAGAGAGAUCCUGUCUCCCCUUUUACCUUUUGUCCGCAUUGAGCACAUCUUACCCAUGAAUAGUGAAGUACUCAGUGAUGCUAUGAAGAGAGGUCUCAUUAGCACCCCUCCUUCAGACAUGCUGCCAACAGCAGAAGGUGGCAAGUCAAAUGCUUGGUUACGACAGAAGAAUGCUGGAAUAUAUGUGAAGCCAAGACUGUUUUCACCAUAUGUGGAGGAGGCAAAGUCAGUGCUAGAUGAGAUGAUGGUGGAACAAACAGACUUAGUUCGCUUGCGAAUGGUCAGAAUGUCCAAUGUACCUGACACCCUCUACAUGGUGAACAAUGCAGUGCCACAGUGCUGUCAUAUGAUUAGCCACCAGCAAAUCAGCAGUAAUCAGUCCAGUCCUCCUUCAGUUAUAGCUAAUGAAACCCCAGUCCCCAGCCUACUUGUUGUUAAAGAGAUGAUCAAACGGCUCCAGGAGCUCCGUCAUACUGAGCAGGUGCAGAGGGCAUAUGCACUCAAUUGUGGAGAAGGUGCCACAGUCAGUUAUGAGAUUCAGAUUCGUGUCCUGCGAGAGUUCGGACUUCCGGAUUCGGCUGCUGAACUUCUGCAGAAUCCUCACAAGUUCUUUCCUGAUGAGCGGUUUGGGGACGAAAGCCCACUUUUGACAGUGAGACAGUCUGGACGAUGUCGAGUCAACAGCACUCCCACUGCAGAAACAGUGUUUACAGAAAUAGACUCUUUUGUGGCCUUCCAUCCACCAUUGCCCCCUCCUCCACCUCCCUACCAUCCACCAGCUACACCUAUUCACAACCAGUUCAAAGUGGGCUGGAAACAAAGGGUGCCGAGUCAACAUCCUUCACGUUCAUUUUCUUAUCCAUGUAACCAUUCACUCUUCCACUCCAGGACAGCUUCCAAAGCUGCUCCACCUGUCUACUUACCUGGUGUCAAAGCAGCACCACCUGAUUGCACUAACACUACGGGAUUGGGGAGGCAAACGGUAGCUGCAGCAGCAGCAGUAAUGGCAGCAGAAAAGCAAGCAUGCACUCAGCCCAUGUUAAAUGAACUGAUGCCCGAUAUUGCUAUGGGUGUGUCAGCAAUGUCUCUGAAGGACAGAAGGCUGCCAGAACUUGCUGUUGACACAGAGCUAAGCCAGAGCGUUUCAGAGGUAGGACCAGGUCCAGCACCGCACAUUUCCUGUAUUCAGACCAGGCACAUGCACAGUUCUCGAAAGAAACAUGCAAUAGAGCAAAAAAUAGAUGCUCGAGAAAAUCAACAGGAGUAUCCAGACUUCUAUGAUUUCUCUAAUGCUGCAUGCAGACCUUCCACUCCAGCACCUAGCAGACACACUCCUUCGCCUUCACAAGGCAUGUAUUUUGGUCCAGAUUUGUAUAGCCACAGCAAGGCAUCACCAAGUGGCUUAAAGUCAGCCUACCUACCCUCCCAGAUAUCUCCAAAAAAACAAGAGGAUUCCAGGAGAGAAUAUGUGCUCUCCCAAGAUGGGCAUCAACACAGACAAAAGAAUGAGCCAAUACACCUCGAUGUCUUAGAGCAACCUCCCCAGCGAUUGCACUUGGCAUUGGCUGCCCAGGAAAAUGCUGGUAAUGGCCCAGUUCACAUCAGGGGAAGAACGAAAAUGGAAACUGACUUAACAUAUGGGCUAACCUCUAACAGACCUUCACUCUCUGCAUACACCUCUGAGAUGCAAGAAGAGCGAGCUGGUAGGAGACUGGCAGAUGAUGAGCCUCUGGAACAUGGAGCACAGAGAAAUACUGAUUUGGAAAGGGAAGAGGCAGUAAGCAGAGGAAGGAGGUCUCCAAGCAAACCAGACUUCCUGUACAAAAAAUCUGCCCUCUGAGAGCAACCUCCACUAUUUCUCUGUUCCUAAGAGUUGUAAACCACCCCAUUCUUUCCAACUUUUGGCUGGAUUUUUUUCAGCCAAAUUCAUGAAUACUAGCACAUAAUUGAUUUUUGUUUUUCUUUUAAUACGGUCUUUGCUUUAUUAGAGAGAGCAUGCUAUCAGUUUAUUUUGGAUGCUGCUUCUGGGUUUAUUUUGUGAUUUGAGCAAAUUUUUAAUUAAGCCUCCUUUUAAAAAAAAAAAACAACAAAAAAACUAGCUGGCACUUUUUUUUACAGUUGGGUAGCCUUUUGCACCUGUAUAUUUUAUUUUAUUUGUAUUAGUUUUGUACUAAUACGUUAAACUUCAUUGUUACAUUUAAAGGACUGUAUUUUCAUACUUUUGCAUUUUACCUUUCGCCUACCAGUUCCCCAUGUGCAUUUGGUUGCACACUAUGAAAUGUAUUUUCUUAUGAGAUAGUACCAAUGUGUUUAUUUUUGAAUUAUAGGAAUUCCAAAGAACAGCACAUCAAAAUACUACAUUUUAAGUAAGAUUGUUUUAGGUCUGAAAUCUUCCUGGUCUGUCACUACUACAAAAAUCCAGUCUCGUACUGUUCUGUUGAACAAGUUAGCUGGUGUGUUUACUCCUCCUGAGAUACAAAGUCCUCUCAAACACUUAUCGUUGUGAUAUUCAAAAGAGCCUAAGGAAACAGUUGGGUGUUGACUGCUUACUUUCCAAGGGCUCCUUUUGAAAAUCUUGGCUCGUGUAUUCUGGUUCAGUUGUGAAUGUGGAGAACUUCUUGGUCACUGAGAAGCAGUUAAGUAGACUAGAAUUACUGAUUUGCUCAUAGUGGAAGACGACCUAGAAAUACUUCAAAUUGAUAGCAGUAUUGAGUUCUGCUCAUCCGGAUACCCUUGUGCUUGAGUGUGUGAAGAUCAGAAUUCAGGAUUCGUUCCAAAUCCUAAAGCUUCAGGAAGAACAGGCUUAGCAUAUGAUGUUGUUGUCUAAACUGUUAACUUGUUCAACUGAGAGGGCUGUCUCCCUUGUAGAGAUGCUGAGGGGACUGUUCAUUGCCUUGCUUUGUUCCCGCCUGUGGUAAAAACAAAGGGCUUCACUUUUAGUGACGUCAUUUAGUGUUUCUUAACACAUUUUAAGUGUCUCAAAUUGCAUAAUGUAAAUCAUUCUGUUCUUGUGAACAAAAUCAUGGAGUGGAGAAGUAACUACUUUAUCUUUAUUUAUAGCUUUAGCAUUUUUAAAAUACACUUCUAUCAUCACUUUUUUUUAAGCACAUGGUGAUGAGACUGACUAAUAUGAACACAGAGAAAAGGAUAGUGAUUGUGUUCUUUGUCUUUGUGCUGGGAUUAAACAUUUAUAAGGAUAUAUAGUGAUAGUCAUUCAAAAGUAAAUGCUUGUCAAUAGUUAUGAUACCAUUAUUUGCUAUUCUGGGUGUAGCAAAAGCUGUGGUACCUGAUACCACAGUGUAUCUGCUAAUAAACACCAGAUUUUUUUUUUUUUUUUUUUUUUUUAAAAACCCCCUCCCCAGGGAAG